CUUGUGGCGCCUGCGUAAAUCAGCUGUUCAUUUGUAAACAACAUUCAUUGUGUGUUGCUGCUGUGUGCUAACUGCGUAUAAAAUACAAUUUAAUAGUUGCAAUUGACGCAGUAAUCACGUAAGCAUGUGUACGCUGCACAUUGAGGAGGAGACACAUUUAGCUGUCAUGGGCAGCCGCAGAACACGCACUCCCAGCCCCAUGAUGAUGCUGAUGUCAAGGCCACAUAACGGAGAACUAACGCUCUUCGACAUUAGCUGGGAGGAUGUGCUCAUACCACACAUGUGCAGCCUGCUGUCACUAAAGGAUCUCUUCAAUUUGCGCAGUUGCUCACGCACUGCUCUGCGCUUUGCUGAAGCGGCGCUGGAACGCCGACAAGAACUUCAACUCUCCGGGAAUAACACAAGCAAUAUCGAGCACGCUUUCAAGGUGAUGGCCCGCUGUUGUCGUCGCCUGGAGCACCUGCAUUUGGCCCGUUGCAAGUGGCUAACCGACGAGCUGCUGCUGCCGCUGCUCAACAACAACAAACAGCGUUUGAGCGCCGUUAAUCUUAAUGAAUGCAUCAACAUCACGGCACUGUCACUGCAGCCCAUCAUUGUCCAGUGCAAGGAGCUGCGAGUGCUGAAACUCUCCAAGUGCCAGUGGCUGACGACAGGCGCUGUCGAUGCGCUGACGCUGCAUCAAAGCAAACUUGUGGAGUUUGACAUCUCGCAUUGUGGCGCAAUUGGCGAACGUUGCCUGAUCAUCUUCUUUCGCAAACUCAACAAGCUGACGAUUCUAUCGCUGGCCAAUACGCCGAGUGUCACGGAUCAGGUGCUCAUCCAAAUUGGCAACUAUUGUCGCGAGCUGGAGCACAUUAAUCUGAUUGGUUGCGCCUCCAUCUCGGACUAUGGCGUCCACGCUUUAACCCGCAGCUGCCCCCAGCUCCAAUCGCUAAUGGUCCAGCGUUGUCCACUGGUCACUGAGCGCGUCCUGGCGCCGCUUCGUGGACGCCUUCACAUCGAUCGGCCCAGCAUGGGAUACAAUCUGCCCGCCAUGCAGCAUCGUCUCUAUCUGCAGGUCUGAGAGAGGAGCGAAGACUGGAGGCUAUACGACGAAGGAAGCAAGUCAUCUGUAAAUAUUGUUUACUGUACAGGCAGCUGGAAGGAAGCCAAAUUAGCCAGGGAUUGCAAAAAGCCAUAAGAAUAGAAAUAUAUAUAAUCUUAAUUUUAUGCUGUGCAAUUUUUAUUAACAACUCAUUAUUUACUAUCAUUUCAGAUAUCAAGAAAUAAGAGUUUUAAGUUUUUAUAAGAAAUGUACAAUUUUUCGUAGUUAACAUUAAUCGAAAUUUGUAUUAAAAUUGAUCUAUACUUUAUGCACUUAAUCAACCUAAAUUCAUAGUUAGCAAUAAUUAAAAUUAUAGUACAAUUUAUGUAAACCUUAUGGUCAAUUUCCCAAGCAACAUGAUUCAUUGGAAAAGCAAUGCAUAUCUAAAUAUCUGC